CCGAUCCGGUCUGGCAACACUGGUUUAACAAAAACAUACUACACAAAUUACGUUGUUUUGCAUAGCAGAACAAGCACAUUGAAGCAUUUAUUGUUUUAAAAAUCACUACGACCUGAAUAAGGGCAUGGAUUAGCCAUGUCAACCGACGCCGACCUAAACAAGUGCGUCAGUCCCAUGUACCAGGUGUCAACCGCAGGCGACGGCCUCCAAGCAGAAGCCGCUGGAGAUCUGGCGUUGGCCUCCAUUGUCGCAGCUCCCUCCUAUUCCUGCGAGCCACAGAAGGACUCCACCGACAUGGACGUGGACAUGGAGAUAGACAACGAUCUUACCACUAGCGAACGGAUGCCAACGGUGGCCGAGCUGGAGCAGCCGAUGGAUUCCAAAACGAAACGGGAGAAAAAAGAGGAGGAGGAGCAGAAGGACGCGCAGGACCAGAAGCCACUGGAGGACGGCUCCGUGCAACCGCCCAGCAAUCCGACAGCCAUCAAAAUCGAGGAGGAGGACAAGCCAGUGAAGCCGCCGCCGCAGCCGCAGGCUCAGGAGGAAGUCGCGCCCAGUUCGCCGGAGACAGCAGCGAAUCCCAGCCAGAGAACUGCGGGCAAGAUCACCCGUAGCAGUCUAAAUGGCACAGCCAACCAGGCGCCCACCCGCUCCCCAACGAUAAUAAAGCGUCUGCGAAAGAGCACGCGCUUCAAGGCCAAGCAAACGGGCAAGGGCACUCCCGGAAGCGGCAGUAGCCAGUCAAAUGGCCACAAUAGCGGGGCGAAUGGUUCCACCGGCAGCUCCGUGCACCUCGCGGGCGCUGGCGCCCAUCCCAGUAAUACCAACAAGCAUGGGAAGUCCGGUCCAGCGGGCACAGGCGGGGCCACUGGAGCCCGUAAUCGCCGCGCUCUCUUCAAGAAACCAGCACAGAAAACUCCCAAGGUGCAGGCGAGCACCAGGUUCGUGAGAAGCCUUUUCCACAAGGGCAGCUAUAUACAAAUCGGGGAUAUCGUCAGCAUUGUGGACAGCGAGCAGAAUCUGUACUACGCCCAGAUACGCGGUCUGCUUGUGGACGCCUAUUGCGAGAAGUCCGCCUUCCUCACCUGGCUGAUUCCCACGCAGGACAGUCCGGAUCCCCAGGAGGGCUUCGAUCCCCCUACCUACCUAAUCGGACCCGAUGAGGAGCUGUCCCGGAAGCUCUGCUACCUAGAGUUCGUGAUGCAUGCUCCCAGCAACUACUACUUCGACCGGAGCACCCCGUUUCCCCUGCCGGACGUGGAUGAGUACACUGCCCAGAGAUCGGGCGGCUACAUCUGGACGCGGCUGCCGAUAGUCAAGCGGGAAAAGGGCAGUGGCCACAAAGCGGGCGGUGCCUCCUAGCAGAAGAGGUGGCUCAAGGGCAGGAUGGCCGGAGCCCUGAAUUUGAAAAAUCUAAUUUAUUGCAACUUUUACUCUUCGUAAACGGGCUACUUGCCGAACAGAAAAUAAUUCAAAAAGUACUUGAUGUACUGUAGUACCAACUGAACUCAAUCAGCAAUUAAUGAAUAAAAUACAAUUUUGUAAUUAUG